UAUUGAGUUAUGGAGUUGAAGAUAAAAGUGAGAGCAAUUGAAAUAGUCACCUUCUUGGUCCAUCAAUUGCUGCCAUGACCAGGAAAGGACUGAAUUUGCUUUCAUGUGAAUCUGUAUGGAAGAGCCUGGUUAUUGGUGUGAUUCCGAAGCAGGGAAACUUUCUUUUCUUUAACCAUAUAUGAAGCAUAGUUAGUGAACACAUUUGAGUGAAAUAAGGGUUUGGUGUGCUGUUCUGGUGCGUGCAUGUAUCUGAACUUGAAGAAUUCAUGUAGCAGCUCAGAGUUCUAGAUGUUUUUGUUGUGUUAGCAAACGAUUGUGAUUAAUUAGCUGGGGAAACUGUUCUUGUAAUAUCAGGGGUUGAUUAUUUUUACCUUUGUUUUUGUUACUUCUCACUGAUGCAUAAGAUUUAUCUCUUGUAAAGCUGAUGUUGUUUCUUACAUGGGGAUCAGUUCUCCAUUGUUGCUAUUUUCUUUUUGAGCAGUGACUUGGAAGGUGAUGAUUGUUCUGUUUGGGGAGAAUGGAAACUAAUGGUAACAUGUCUAUUUCCCAUGGAAGCCAACCUUCAGAUGCUACAGAUAGUACUAAUAAAGAGAAGCCUAAUGAGAAAGUAGUCUUUAUAAACCAUGCUGAGAUAGCUUGGCAGAAGAGAAGAAGAGAAUGGGUUGGUGAUCAAUCCCAGAAAUCACAAAGAGCGCCAAGGGAACCAAUAAUGAGCUGGACCACAACAUAUGAGGAUCUUCUUAUGACUACUGAACCUUUCCAGGAGCCCAUACCUUUAGCUGAAAUGGUGGAUUUUUUAGUUGAUAUAUGGCUUGAGGAAGGCCUUUAUGACUAGAUGAUUGCAGCACAGUAAGUAUUUCACCCAGUUUUGUGUGUGGAUACUGAUGCUGAAGCGAACCUAUCCCUGACAGUAACUGAUGUUAGAAUUGGUGUUUUGUUCAUGAUUGCUUAAACCAGAGUGACUGCAUUGGAACAUUGAUUAAAUGUAAAGGUCAAUUCAUCUUAGCAUAGCUAAGCAUUGGUGUAAUCCGCUAAUCAGAAUAGUUUACCAACAAUAUUAGGGCCAUUAAUAUCUUUACAAUUUGAUUACUCUUAACAUUUCCCAAUGAUAAUUGAAGAAGAUU